AUGGCUAUAAUUUUGGAACAACGCUGCCAGCGACUGGAAAAUGUGGAGAAUGCUCUUGCACCGCCGGAAAAACAGGUAGGAAAGAAAUCGUCCAAUAACAAUAACAGUCGCAAAGUUUUGUUAACGUCAGCGAUAGCUGCAUGCAUAUUGUGCAGUUCUAGUCUAAUCGCAAAGUGCGAACAGUUUCUAUGCCUUUCACCUACAGCGCGCUACAAAGAAGCAAAGAGAUUGCACUUAUGUUUGAAUUGCCUUCGAUACAGUCAUUCACGUAAGGACUGCAAGUCCGGUCUCUGUAGAUAUUGCACUUCGAAGCAUCACAGUCCGCUUCUUCAGGUAACUAAUUCAUUUUCGACUUCGUCACAAGCAUUGGCUUCUCCUAAGUCGGCUUCACAAGCGCAAUCAACAACAACACCUACUUCUACCAACCCGUACUUGCUUUCGUCUUCAUCUUUCGGUCCUUCAGCUUCUGCAUUUGUCAGUUCUGAAGUUCAAGCUAGCGUUGCUGACAGAGAUAUCAUUUUCUUAGCAACCGCCAUCAUUUACGUAAAAAAUCGAUCUGGCUCUCUCAUUCCCUGCAGAACUUUGCUAGAUUCUGCGUCACAAUUAAAUUUCAUAACCAAUCGACUCGUUAACCAGCUACAAUUGAAGAAGAUCAAGUCUUCGCAGUUCAUUUCUGGUAUACGCCAAAAUGAGUUCGUUGCUAAUCAUAUCGUUGAUUUAGACCUGCAUUCGCGCAUUAAUGAUUACACUGCCAAAUUAUCUGCGGUUGCAACAUCCACCAUUACCGAUGUUCAACCAACUCGCUCUAUAAAAGGUGUUAAUUGGAACAUACCAUCAAACAUACGCUUAGCGGAUCCACAAUUCUUUGAACCUCAGCGCAUUGAUAUGCUCAUUGGAUCUAGUUUAUUUUUCGACCUGCUCUGCGUCGGUCAGAUUCGCUUGACUGAAAAUUUGCAACUUUUACAAAAAACAAGGUUAGGCUGGGUUGUAUCAGGCGCAACUAAAUACAAUGUUCCGAAACUAUCUUGCUUAGCAGCCAUCGACAUGAUUCUAGCAAAUGACACAGAUGUCGAGUUAAACAACCUGGUUCAGCGCUUUUGGGCCAUCGAGAAAUGCAGUGACUCCGCACCAAAGACUACUGUAGAAGAAGACUUGUGUGCGAAGAACAUUUCAUCAAAACCCAUAAGAGAUUAG